GUACACAGUUAUAUUCAAGUUCACGGUACAAUUAUCCCCUUUUGCACUCACUCAGGUCCACAACCAGGCUCCAGACAGACCAAAAUCAGACUCACCAAACAACAGCAAGUCCAAAAUGUCCGAGAAGCUUCCCUUCAAAGUCGCUGAUAUCAGCCUGGCUGAGUGGGGCCGAAAAGCCAUCGAUAUAGCCGAGAAUGAGAUGCCUGGUCUGAUGAAGAUGAGGGAGCUGUAUGGCCAGUCCAAACCCCUGAAAGGCGCACGCAUCGCAGGCUGCCUGCAUAUGACCCUACAGACUGCUGUGCUCAUUGAAACCCUUACUGCGCUGGGAGCCGAGGUCCAGUGGUCCAGCUGUAACAUAUUUUCUACUCAGGAUCAUGCAGCUGCAGCCAUUGCUAAAACCGGCAUUCCAGUGUAUGCCUGGAAGGGAGAGACCGAUGAAGAGUAUGUGUGGUGCAUUGAGCAGACCAUCUACUUCAAGGACGGUCAGCCCCUCAACAUGAUCCUGGAUGAUGGAGGAGACCUCACCAAUCUGGUGCACCAGAAAUACUCCACACUGCUCGCAGGAAUCAAAGGUGUCUCUGAGGAAACCACGACUGGUGUGCACAACCUCUACAAGAUGUUAAAGAAGGGAGAUCUCAAAGUUCCUGCCAUCAAUGUCAACGACUCCGUUACCAAGAGUAAGUUUGACAAUCUGUAUGGGUGCCGCGAGUCUUUGAUUGAUGGCAUCAAGCGCGCCACAGACGUGAUGAUUGCCGGUAAGGUGGCAGUGGUUGCUGGGUACGGUGAUGUCGGAAAGGGCUGCGUUCAGGCUCUGCGGGGGUUUGGCGCAAGAGUCAUUGUCACCGAGAUCGAUCCCAUCAAUGCUCUGCAGGCGGCUAUGGAGGGCUAUGAGGUGACCACCAUGGAUGAGGCCUGCAAGGAGGGAAACAUCUUUGUGACCACCACUGGCUGUGAGGACAUUCUGCUUGGCAGACACUUUGAGCACAUGAAAGAUGAUUCCAUCGUCUGCAACAUUGGCCACUUCGACUGUGAGAUUGACAUGAAAUGGCUCAAUGACCAUGCAGCUGAGAAAAUCAACAUCAAAGCUCAGGUCGACCGUUACCGCAUGAAAAAUGGUCGUCACAUCAUUGUUUUGGCUGAGGGGCGUCUGGUGAAUCUGGGCUGUGCCAUGGGCCAUCCGAGUUUUGUGAUGAGCAACUCAUUCACCAACCAGGUUCUUGCCCAGAUUGAGCUGUGGACUAACACCAGCAAAUACCCACUGGGUGUCUACUUCCUGCCCAAGAAGUUGGACGAGCAAGUUGCUGCCGCCCACUUGGACAAGCUCGGCGUCAAACUGACCAAACUGACAGAGAAACAAGCCAAAUACUUGGGUCUGCCCAGCGAAGGUCCGUUCAAACCAGACCACUACCGCUACUGAGAAGCUUUGACCAAUCGCAGCUUCAGCCGUGGCCGAUGAAGGGACUGCACGAUUGGUUUUGUACAAACGUACCAGUGUAGCUAUAAUAGUGCUUUUAUCAUGUCUCACGCUCUCACCACGAGUCUGCAAGCCCCUUUUUCUCAUUGCUAUCAAGUGCAAAGCUGCCCUGUGAACACACAAUCACUGUAAUGUCUGCAUUCCCUGUUUUAUUAAGCGGUUCUGUUAAGAAAACUAAAUCCUGCCAAUAGGCAUGCGACUUGGAAGGAUUUGGUUCCUCCAUGCCUUAUUCACAAUUGAUUCCAGUUUGUCAAAUCUUUGAAUUGAAAGAGGCUUGCCAUUUUGGUCAUGCAUACUUUUUGUAAAACCAAUUAAGGUAUUAUAAUGCUGAAAAUUAUUUCUCAGAUAUAUGUUAUCAACAUGUAUGUCAAUGUGAUGUAUGUCAGUGUUAGCGGGCUGUGUGAUUCCAUCUGGGAUAAGAAAAGAUUAAAUAAAUGUGAUGGUUCACUUUA